AUGAGAGCUCUGCUGAGCGCUGUCAUCCUAUCGGUAGUACUUUCCCUGCGCAACCAAAGCAAGGUGAAAUGUUAUAAGAUCCAGGGGAGGUUCCGAAGCUGUAAAAGGAGAGCAGCUGUUAGCAUUUCUGAAGAGAGAGAUGAUUCCAAAGGCGAGAUUGCACAGAACAGCAGUUUGGUGAAAAGCAAAAAGAGAUAUUCCUUUACCCCUCUCAAGAGGAACACCAUAAAAGAUAUAAAAAGGAGAAUCAAAUUUAAUGAAAAAAAUGUGAGACCCCAAAAUGGACCAUUCGGUAAAAAAAAAGAUAUACAUAAAUCGCUAAUUGAUGAUAUUAAUAAGGAGAUGCUGAAGGAAAGUAUCAAACUUGUGGGCACAAAUUAUGACCAAGAGGAGAUCGCCACUCAUAAUAUUCUUCCCCUACCUGUGGAGGAUAGAACAUCCGAAUGUUACAACAGCUUGGUGCUCUGUAAAGGCAUGCCAUUUCAUGUGGACACGGCCAAAAUUAGGGAAUUUUUCAACCCAUAUAAACUUUUGGAUAAAUAUAUAAUUUUUAUAAAAGACAAGAAAGGGAAUUUCUUCGGAGAUGUGAUCGUUAGAUUUACCAACAAAGAAGAGAAGCUCUUGGCAUUGAAAAAUAAAAAUUUUAAAUUCCUCAUGCACAGGUAUAUACAGCUGUAUAACAUUAAUGAAGAGCAUUAUGAGGAAUAUUUUAACGUGGGCUAUAAAAACCCCCCUUCUUAUAAAAAUUACAUCCCCAUUAAGAAUGUGAUUCUGUCUAGUGCCCUCGAGGAGGUAGACCCUCUUUCCGAGGGGGUAAGUACCAACAGGGAUAGCUCAUCAGCCGGAGUACAGACCCCUUCCGAUGAAAAGUUCCAGUAUCACUCGUUUUUCUGUGACGAAUUAGAUAACGAUGAAGAGACGAAGGAACUUAGAGAGAGGGUAAACAAGAAAGGCAUUCUUCUGAAGAGUAUAUACACGGGGAAAAAACUCAGAGGGAGAAUAACGUCUGUGCAUCCUUAUGGCGUUUUCGUAGACUGUGAUGUGUACGUUAAGGACAAGAAUGAUAGGUUUGUAAAAAUUUUGGCUCUACUACAUAAGAACAAACUUACCAUAAAUAUAGGACUCCCCUCGGAUCCUUUGCCAGAACAAGAGGAGAAAGAACUGAUACUGCAAAAAAAUAUGAACAUCAUUGUGUACGUAGAUAAAAUUAUAAAACGGGACAUCCACCAUAGUGGAGGUAACCCUAAGGAUGGAAAAAAUAAUUUCAUUUUUUUUAACCUCACCUUUGACUCCUCCAUAACGGAGGAGAAAAUCCGGUGGCUUCAGAGCCUCAAGUUGAGGAGGCAGGCCCUUCAGCAAAAAAUGAAAAUGUGCAAUGAAGGAUAUUGGAGUGUGUCCUCGGAGGGGGGUAAGGCACCCGAAGGGGGGGGGAAGAAUGGCCCACCGGAAGGGGACCCCCCACCCCAAGUGGCGGAAGUAAGCGGAACUGAAGAGAAAGACAAAACGGCAAGGAUAACCUCCCUGAAGGGGGAAAAAAUGGGCAGUGACCAAAAAAUGUUCGACGCGCAUGAUGAAAAUUUCCACAUGCGGAGCGGCAAAACGGAGGGAUUUCCCCCCUCGGAGGAGAACCACAAAUCGAAAUUGAGCAGCAGCGCCGAGAGGAAGAAGACUCCUAACCGGAGGUCCAGCAAGAUCUACCUGAUGAAGGACCCCCGCUCUGAUUAUCAUAACUUUGUGGGGGAGAAAUGGACCCAACCGGGGAGAGCAACAGCAGCGUGUGGCUUGAGCAGCAACGGGGAGGCGGAGCAACCUGAGGGGACCCCGAAAAAUGAGAAAGGAAACCAAAAGAGAAACCAAAAAGGGAGUGCAAUGGGAAAUGCAAAGGGAAGAAAUACUACGAAGAAGAAGAGAAAAAAGAAGCAGUUAGACGACGGUGACGUUUAUGAUGAGGAGGACAAUUUUGAUGAAAUUUUUAAACUCGAAGUGGGCGAUGCGGAGGGAAAGGAGGAGGUGGAAGGGCAGGAGUUGGACGGCCAGGAGUUGGACGGCCAGGAGGAGGUCGACGAAGAGGCAAGCCAGCAGGGCAGUCACAGCGACUUCAAAAAUCAGAGGAGCGAAAAAAAGGUGACCAACCAUUACAACGACGAAAUGAAGGGAAUUCUGGACGACAUUUUUAGGAAGCGGGGAGACGGCGGAAGUGCCGCAAAAGGGGCCUCUACAAAGGGGCGCGCUGAUAAGUGUAAGGAAGGUGCAUCGAGAGAUGCGCGGUUUAUGGGAAGUGGUAGCGCUCCUCAUGGUGAUGAAGCCGCCACGGGGGAGCACACACUCGGAGUGAGCUUCGAAGGAAUAGGUGACAGAUCCAAAUGGAGAAACGACAUCCGAAAAGAGGAGUCCCUAUUUUACUCGAAAAUGUUCGGGCUGAAAACGGACCUAAACGACUUUUACUCGGAUGGCCCACGGGGGAAGGACGCUGAUGGGAAGGAUGCGGAUGACAUGGAGCAGCUCAUGAAGCUCAGCGAAGGUGGAGGCGAGGGGGGGGACCCACCAAGUGACAUCCAGGAGGAGACUUUAAAAUUUGAAGGUUUGGAAAGUUGGUUGGAGAGAGGCAAAGAGGGGGAGAUGGCAGAAGGGGAGGACCCCGAACGGGGGAAAGCACCUGAAAGGGAAGAAGCGGAGGAGGGCCGCGAACCAGGGGAGAGACAUAUCCACGAAGAAACUGCUAACCAGCUAAACUCAAUAAUUAGCGGGAAAGACGGAGAGGCCCUGGAUUUUUCACACCUCGCAGAAAUGCCAGCAGAAGAACUGAAGAGAGAAAUAUACAAAAAAAAUUUUCUUCUCCCCAUAGACGUAUCAACGGAGAGUUUAAAAAAUCGCCUCAUACAAAUAUACAUAUGUGAAAAGAAGAAAAUAAAAUUUGACAACUAUCCGUUUAUAAGGUACUACCUGUUCGACUUCCACGUGCCAGUUGAAGACAUCAAACUGUUCGUUCUGGCCAAUAGAAAGUUUUUAAAUAAAAAAAAUAUAACUUGUACCCUUUUGAAUUCCCUAAAUUUGAACGAACUGAAGUACCUCCUUCAUAAGUCCAUGGAGAAUAUUCGCCUGUGGGAGCCGGAGGAUUACAUAAAGAGGAAACUUCUAAAUUUGAACAGAGACCUCCUGCAAAAGCAGAACAUAAAUCAUGUAGAUGAUGUAGAUGCAAACAAUUUACUCAUACUGUGGAAUGACUUUAAGGACUUUCUCCUAAACUGUGUCUAUGGAAAUGACACCACGAGUGACUCCUGGGCCGCAGCCCUCACAGGUGUGCCAGCCAGCAACUGGGAAAGAACCUCCAGCUGGGAAAGAGCCUCCAACUGGGAACAAACCAAACCAUUCAGCACAAACAAUGCACACACACAAAAAUAUGUAAAGAGAAUGAAAAACAUGGAGAGAGAAAACUUCUUCAUUAGCAAGAAACUACCCGUGGACGAUGUACUUGAAAAGCAAAUAAAUAAAAGCAAAAUGGAACAUGGGGACCCUUUUGAAAAUGCAUUAAGUACGCUAAAUAAAGAGCUUGAGGAGAACGAAGCGGAGCUGCCAGACAAGAUAAGCCUCAAGGAAGCCAUGAAAGUCCUGAACAACAGAACGUACAUGAAGAAGAUUAAGCGAUCUCUCAGUAACGACUCAGAUGAAGGGGCAAGUGAAGAAUACAUUGGCAAAAUUAUUAGCCUAAUUUUGAGGCAUAAGAACUAUUUCAAGGAACAUCUCAGCGAGGCCGCUCUGAGGAAGAAGCCCCACGAGGAGCUAAUUGUCCUCCUUGAUCAGCUGCCCGCCGACCUCAUAGAAGACUUGCUCUGA